AGUUUAAAUACAGAACCGAAACUUCUAACAAUAUUGCAACGUUAUUAAUAAAUAAAAAGGUUACCUGUUUUAACCAAGAUCUAUAACGACGUUUUCUGCUUAUUAUUGUAGAUAUUUAAUUGUCUUGCUGAGCAGUAGGUACACCUGAAAUAAAGAGAACUUUUUUUAAUCGUCAAUAAAAUCUGUAAUAAAUAUUAGCAAACAAUUAUCUAUUGAUUUUAGUAUUUAAAGAUUUUUAUUUGUGAUAUAUAUUAAAUAUUUUGAGUAACACUAUAAUCAAAGCGAAGAAAGUUUUCUUUAUAAAUCAAUGAAAAAAUGGUUUAUUUAUUCAUAAUUUAACCACGUAUAGAAAAGAAAAAAUACUGCACUGACCCCAGAUAGCUUGGGAACAGCAAGCGAGUGAUGAUCUUAAAGAGGUAUCAAAAAAAUGGUAAUCUCUCUCGCAAGUUAAACGAAAAUCAUGAUCCGAAAGUUAUCCUAUAAACUUAAAAGUAUAUGAAAUAUAUAAUUACACUUACAUUUUAGGAAAUACUGCACUGGUUUCACAGAGUUUUUAAAAUGUGCACUUAUACUUUUUAAUUAUUACGUACAUGACGAACUUGCACUCGAUGAAAUCUAAUGUCACACUGUACGUUGCAUCGCGUGGAUCGUGGGAAUGUACGAGCUGCAAUUUAUAGUCCAAGAGUAAGAGUUUUAUAUAUUUAUCUGUAAACCUGUUCAUUUUAAAAUGGUUUUAAAGUUUUGUUUCGAAUUUUUGACAUUUUGCAUUAUUGUACAUUUAUGACUAUUAGACAUUUAUUUAUUGUACAUUUACUACUAUACUACUAUAAGUACUUACUCUUUCUAAUAUUGCAAAAAUAAAAUAAUCUUUUAAAUCAUUUAUUUCAUAUUUAAUGAAAAUGUAUAUCAAUAUUUAACCAAUCUGAAAAUAAAAUACAUUUUAUUCAAAUGUUCAAUAAAACAUCGAUUUAAACAUCUCAGCUCCUGGUCUCACACAGCUUACUUGCAGAUUCAGCAUUAAAUGCUUUGAAUGUGUGUGCACGACAUGUAACUUUAGAUUUUUAUUGUUUACUUCGUGUUGCAUUGCAAGUUGAAACUAAUAAUUAUUUUUAUCUUUCUAUGUGACUCAAUGGUGACUGAUACAUAAUGCUUCUACCGUUAAAUCUACCUUUAUAAAGUAAGUCAAUUUUUUUCUAAAUGACAAUGCAUUGUAAAAAAGAUGUAAACAUUGUGAGGAAAAAUAAAAUCGAAUAAAAUCGUGAGUAAAAUUAGUUGGUUUAUUAGUUUUCUGUUGGAAGCAGACUCAAAUCAAUGUAGCUUAUUACAAUUUAACUCUUUACAAAUAGAAUGAUGGAAAUUCGGUACUUGGAAUACUACAUAAUUAGUAUUUGACUAGCCAUUUAAGAAAUUAACCUACAUACUUUAGAUUCUGAUUUCACUUUUACUGCAACAUAGUGUAACACAAUCAUAUUUCCUUUAAACGUAACAUCAAAGUAUGGGUAAUAUUUUAAUUCAAAAGGUAAUACCUACUUGCUAGUGAUUUUUUUUUCUGUGCUUAUCGAACAUAAAAAUACGGUCCAAAUUUGUAUAUCAUUUUAUUGUUACUUUAGUUUUAACUAAUUAGCUUAAUUUUUGCUGACAAUUUAUUAUUGAUCACAUAAAUACAGAAUUUCACCGCAAAAAAUUAAUUACUUUGUGAGAUUCUUUGUGAAUAGCAAGAAACAAGCUCCCGAUUGUGCAAAAUGUCGGAUUCUGAGUACGCAUCCAGCAUUGAAGACGUGGCCCCAUUAGAGGUGGUGCCACCACCGCGCUCGAGCAAGAGCAAGUCCAAAACCAGCGCGUCGACCUCAACCGCUUCUACGCCUGCGCCUAAGCCGAGGAAGCGAAAGCCUGCCGCCCAUUCCGUUGCGAACGUUGAAGCCCUAACUAGACCAAAGAAAACGAAGAGUUUGUUUUCAAUCAUUAAUAAGGACGAGCGGGCAAGUGCGAAGGAGACAACUCGUAGCAUCGCAUCGAGCUUUACAUCGCGGGUGUCUUCGGGCCAGUGUCGUCGGACUGCAGUCACCAGCGGCGAGUUCUACAUAGAUUUGAAAGUCUACAACACCGACGAUGUUAAGAACGUUCCACCCGAGGAGCGUUACAAGAAAGCGCUUGCAGCGGUAAAACUCCAAUGCGGUGAACAAUCCCAGGAGUGGGAGGCUCUACAAAGGUUUAUAAGUAGCGCUUACGUAAUUUUUGAAGAGUGCGAACCGACUUAUUACAGUAAUAAAAUAAACAUUAAAUAAUUUUUACUUGUAAAUAAACAUACUUAUUACACAGUUUUAAUAUUAUUUUUUACAUUCGAAUUAUUCAACAUUAUUUCUAGUAGGUAGGUAUAGAGACUUUAUUGUUUAUUAACUAAUUCUUGGUUCUAAAAUGCCUUUCUGUACUAUUUGUAACGUGUCCAUAGGUUCAACCUCUUGGGUAGGACACUUGCGGAGUCGCUUGCACAAACAAAAGAACUCCACCCAACCACACAGUGAUGGUGUGGAAAUCGUAGGUUCUGCAUUUCGCUCUCGAAUCAUUUCUUACCGAUUAGUUGCAAGUGAACUUGACCAAACUUCUAUAGAUAUUUUCUUUAAUUCUAUUCAUAACAAAAUAAAAUCACUUUUAGAUGAUGCUUUAAGAGUACAUACUUGCAUCAAAGUGAAUUUUGAAUUAUUUAGCAUUUUCCUGUUAUUCAAAAAUAAUAUGCAGGAAAUGAAAUCUUUUGUUACAAAGAAUUUUAUACUUUACCACAACUAUGAUUUUGAUAGUUUAUUUUCUAAACUAGUGAGUAUAUUGAAAAAGAAAAUGGAAGAGUUUGAGGAAAGCGAUAGUGGUUGGGCUUUUUUAAGUAAUUCACAUUUAGAAAUAAAUGUCAAUAAGUACCAACCAUUAGGUGGGUCAUCUUAUUUAAAAUUACCUAAAUUUAUUCAAAAUAAGAAAGCAUGUAUAAAUAUUCAAAAUAAAGACCAGUGUUGCUUUUUAUGGAGCGUAACAGCAGCUCUUUACCCUGCUCGAAAUCAUCCUGAACGAG